AGAAAGUUCUGAGAGAUGCUCCAGGCUGAAAUUUAGAUCUCCAAAAUUUCAAUCUGAUCCUCAGAAGAUAAAGAAGCCGAUGAGCGAUCCGCAUUCCGAACAAGUGUUGCCUGAGAAAGAAUUUAGAUCAGCCGUCAAAUUCCGAUAGAAGUCUGGAUCCGCAACUGGAGAAAAUUUAGAGCUCAAGCGGGAUCUUGAAGGAUCUCUCGACAUAGAACUUGCUUAUUCUGGACGUGAAAGAAGCCCCUCCUUUAUUUAUUUCUCUUGUCGAAACCGCACACAGGGACAUUUAAAACGAGGGUUCUCGUUUUAGAAUUUUAGUUUCGGGGAAACAGAACCAAAUCACACAAAAUGGCUGACGCACCUCUCUUCAAGCGCUUCGUCGAACCGGGCCGCCUGGUCCUCGUCCGUUACGGACCUCUGGAGGGAAAGAUCGCCACCAUUGUCGACAUGGUACGCUUAUUUUUCAAGUCCUCGUGAAUUUAGCUUUUUUUGGAAAUGUGGAUUUGAAUAUCAACAUUUUUUGUCUUCCAUGAUAUGAUGUAAUUGUGAUGACUAAAGCCAAAUUACCUACACAGGUUUCCAUCAACAAAGUCCUGAUCGACGGCCCGACUACCGGCGUGAAGAGGCAGAUGAUUCCCCUGAAGUGGGUUUCCCUCACCGGCUUCAAGAGCAACCUCGGCCGCGGCGCCAAGGAAAAGGCUCUGAAGAAGGCCUUGAAGGAAUCUGAUACUGUCAGCAACUGGGAAAAGUCCGCGUGGGCCAAGAAGAUCGCCGCCAAGAAGGCCAAGGUAUACAACUGACUUUCUUUAGUUUUUCUCCAAUUUUCUCAUGCUGUGUACGUCUUUUUUGCCUUUGCGCUGAUGCAGAUUUGUUUGCAAUUAUGUGACUGAUGAACUAUUGCACAAUAUUCUGUUAGCGAGCGGGAGCGACGUAAAAAGAGCAAAAUCUAAAUCUGACAUCUUUAUGUUUCUCGGUGUACUUAUUCUUUCUUUCUCCUUUUGACAGGCCGCCUUGACCGAUUUGGACCGAUUCAAGCUGAUGCUGGCAAAGAAGAAGGUCAACCAGGAGGUCAAGAAGAGCUUGAAGCCCAAGAAGAAGUAAAUCCAACUCCGCGUCUGUUUGGGAUAGAUUGGUUUCCAUCAGCGAUUACACCUGGUGGAUGGAUGUUGGAUAGAUGAGAAGUCUAUUUUCUGUUUACGCAGACCGAGGAACAAAUCCACGUCGAAAAUAAGCCAGUUUUCGGGACGCGGUGGUCAGCACUCAAAAUCCGUUUCCGAAGCGGACCCCUCGGAGGACGAGCUCUCGUUGGUAGCUUCGCCGAUGAACGAAGUGCUGAGCCAAAACGUUAUCCCGACGCCCACCGCAGCGGAGACGGCAACGGGGGUCGGGAGCUUUUUCACCGGCUUCGCGCAAAACGAAAACAUAAAGAAGGAUAAAGAAAAGCCGAGGGGACGCAAUGUUCUGACCUGGACUUGAUCCACGACUAUCCGGAAUCCCCCGCCUACCACGCGUGCCUCGAUGACUGGCACGGGAUCCACGGCAUGGCUUCCGAGUGCGAGAAGCAGCGCGCCAACAUCGGCUCUCCCUGCGGGAAAGCCUGCUUGUACAAGGGGAUCCGGCAGCUGGCCGCGAAGCACGGCGCGGUCUCGGAGUUGCUGAAGUGGGGCGUGACGGACUUCAACUUGUGGAACCAGCUCGUCACGCUGGCCCAACCGGUGGCCGACGGCUUAAGCGAGGAAGAACUCGCUGGCGUGUUCAAAAACGGACGGCGACGACACGGCGGCGAUCACACGGUGAUGCCGAUCCCGCGGGUGCGGCACAUCUUCACCUGUCUCGACGGGAAUUCCGACGGCACUUUGGAUGGCGCGGAACUCACCCAGCCGACGAAGUGCUUCCGCAAGUGCCUGGAGGUGAAGGAGCCGGCGGGGCACUUGGAAAAAAUCCCGGAUGACGCGGACGUGACGGACGUUCUGUCCCUGUGGUUGGGCGACGCGCAGGGCAGCGCGCGGAAGUUUGACACCAUGCUGGGCAGGGUCGGUGUAUCGAGGGCCGGUGUAUCAAGACAGCGAUUACACCUGGUGGAUGGAUGUUGGAUGGAGAAGUUUCCCUUCUUCGAGAAAAUGUGAAUAGAAACCACGCCUGCGUCUUGUUCCGUAGAUCAUCAAAAUGAAGUAGAAGUGAACUUUAAAGAUUCUUGAGAUGCUCUUCAUCGAGAAGUUCGAAUUGUGUUGCGCGUGUCCGGGCGUCGCAAAAGGGCUGGUCUUGGUGUAUCGAGAAGCACGCGUUGGCAUCUCGUCGAAAGCUCCUUUGGCAAGGCGUGAAUGGGCAACAAAUGAAGUAGGUGAACAAGCCUCAUGCUGGCACAGAAACCAUUUUCACACGAGAACAUUCAGCUUCUGCAUUUAGUGUAUUUCCAUGUAUGGUUUUGCUUCUUUGUGAAUGUGAUGAUCUAGCAAGAAUGCACAGUUUCGCACAUUGUGAUCAUUUCGAAUACAACAAGAGCAGCAAAGCCAACCGAUCUCCGGCUUUCUUGAAGUUGUCUCUUGAACGCUUCCAGACACGGGCCACGGGAAGACACAAGCAAAAUAGUGGUGCGGGUUCAUGAUCUGAAGUUGAACUUUCAUUCUUGAUGCUGAGAAAACUCCGCUAUACGAGAUCUAUCUUUUGCAUUCCGAGAGACGAGGGCAAAAUUUAAAGAUCCCAUGCAGCGCCUCCUUGUCUCCAUUGUCUAUAUAAUGUUGACGAUGGCGACAAGAUCACUGGAGUUGUAAGCGUAAUAUGCAACUAUAACUAAAGAUCUGAGAAAUUGAUCCUCGACACGUGCUCCUGAUGAUCUUCUUGCAAUUUCAACCAGCCAUUGCGUACUACUUAAGGAUCAGAUUUUGAAAAAAAUGACUGAUCUCGAUUUGAGUGGUAGAAAGUUCUGAGAAAAGGUGCAGGCUGAAAUUUAGAUCUACAAAGUCUCAAUCUGAUCCCCAGAAGAUAAAGAAGCAGAUCCAGAUGAUCGAUCCGCAUACCAAAUCUGUUGCCCGAGAAAGAAUUAGAAUUUAGAUCAGCCGUCAAAUUCCGGUAAAAGUCUGGAUCCGCAUCUGGAGAAAAUUUAGAGUUCCAGCGGGAUCUUGAAGGAUCUCUCGAAGUAGAACUUGCUUUUGCUGCACGUGAAAUAAAAAGAAGACCCUCCUUUGUCAUGUCGCUUUUUUCGAAACCGCACACAGGGACAUUUAAAACGAGGGUUCUCGUUUUAGAAUUUUAGUUUCGGGGAAACAAAACCAAAUCACACAAAAUGGCUGACGCACCUCUCUUCAAGCGCUUCGUUGAGCCGGGCCGCCUGGUCCUCGUCCGCUACGGACCUCUGGAGGGAAAGAUGGCUACCAUCGUCGACAUGGUACGCUUAUUUUCCAGUCGCUGAUUUAGAUUUUUUCGAAGUACUUAACAUUUUUGUUUGCCAUGACAUGAUACAAUUGUGAUGUCAAAGAACUCUAAAGCUAAAUUAUCUGAACUUGAACAGGUUUCCAUCAACAAAGUUUUGAUUGACGGCCCGACUACCGGCGUGAAGAGGCAGAUGAUUCCCCUGAAGUGGGUUUCCCUGACCGGCUUCAAGAGCAACCUCGGCCGCGGCGCCAAGGAAAAGGCUCUGAAGAAGGCCUUGAAGGAAUCUGAUACUGUCAGCAACUGGGAGAAGUCCGCCUGGGCCAAGAAGAUCGCCGCCAAGAAGGCCAAGGUAUACAACUGACUUUCUUUAGUUUUUCUCCAAUUUUCUCAUGCUGUGUACGUCUUUUUUGGCUUUGCGCUGAUGCAGAUUUGUUUGCAAUUAUGUGACUGAUGAACUAUUGCACAAUAUUCUGUUAGCGAGCGGGAGCGACGUAAAAAGAGCAAAAUCUAAAUCUGACAUCUUUAUGUUUCUCGGUGUACUUAUUCUUUCUUUCUCCUUUUGACAGGCCGCCUUGACCGAUUUGGACCGAUUCAAGCUGAUGCUGGCAAAGAAGAAGGUCAACCAGGAGGUCAAGAAGAGCUUGAAGCCCAAGAAGAAGUAAAUCCAAC